AUGGACAUCGCCGCUUCGGACGUGGCCAACCAGAAACUCAACGAGGCGUUGACCUCGCUGCGGAACGCCAAGAAGAUGAAGGAUAUCAGAGACGCUCGGGAGCUCAUGGUCGGUGAGAACACGCCGUGCGGCAAGCUCCACCAGAACAUGGUAGUCGGGCAGCACACGGUGGAGAUCUGCAGUCCAGCAGCAAUGCUGUGGUAUUGCAGCGCCCUCCCCGCGAUGCAGCCUCUGUGGCAGCGGGCGCUGGAGCUGCCACGCCCGUGGCACAUCAUCAUUUACGGCGAUGAAAUAGGCGCUGGCAACGCGCUGGCGCACGCGCAGAACCGCAAGUCCUGGGGCAUCUACUGGACGAUCGCGGAAUUCGGCCCGCAGGAUGCGUGGUUCCAGCUCGCGACGAUGCGGGCCAAGACCGCGAACGACAUCCAGCCGCGCGGACUGACGAUGCUACUGGACGCAAUCCUCGCGCAGUUCUGGCCUGAUCAGGGGCGCAACUUCAGCGCAGGCAUCAGCUUGCGGCUGCGCCCCGACGGCGCGACGGAGCUCAUCCAGAUGGACCUCGGAAUUUACAUUCAGCCGCUGCAGCGGUCGCCGCAUAGCACCCAAGAUGAGUUUGCAUACAUGUGCACAUGUAUAUAUCCAUUGCGCCUUCUUGCGUCGCUGCAGCGGCUCUGUCGGAUCGCGGACGAGGAUGCAAUACACCGCUUGAUCGGAAUGAAAGGUUCGUCAGGAAUCAAACCAUGUUUUAUGUGCCGCAACGUGUUCUUGAAGGGCGAAGUUCGGGAUGUAGUUGCUUCUGAUGCGACGGGUGUCGCUGUUCACCACUCGGAACCAGAUGCGUCGCGGCUGCAGCCGAUGACGGCGCCGUUGCUCGAUGCCAUCUGCAACAGAUUGAUCGAAGGGGUCAACAUCAUGAACAAGGGCGAGUUCCAGGAGUUGGAGCGCCGACUUGGCUGGAACUGGGACCCCCAUUUGCCUGAGCGGGUUCGGAAACUCAAGCCGCUCGAGACAGUCAUGUUUGAUUGGAUGCAUUGUAUUUUCGUCAACGGUACAUAUAACAUUCUGGUGUUCCAAAUGUUUCGAAGGUUGAAGGGUUACUGGGCGCGCGCAGACGCAUAUUUCCAGGACUGGUCGUUUCCAGGGUGCCACUCCAUCUCCCCCGACACGUGCGCGAUCUUCGGCGAGAAGCGCGUGAGGUCCCACGUUGACAGCAAGCAUUUCAAGUGCACCGCCAGCGAGGGGCUCACAACCAUGCAAGUGGCUAGCGACGCUGCAGCGCCUGCAGUCCGAUCUGCUUGCGCAGUGUUCGAGGCGCACACGAUCGUUGUGGAAGAAAUCCUACGAGUAUCCAGGCGUCAGGCAGACGCGGAUAAGCUGCAGGCUGCGGGUAACAUGUUUUUGCUGUCAUACAGCAGCGUCUUUGGCAAGGAAACGAUGGCGCAGAAGUUCCAUUACCUGCACCACUUCGCCAACUACGUGAGGCGUUGGGGCCAUGUGGCGCUGCCGUCGUGCUGGGUUUUGGAGCGCAAGCACAAGACCAGCAAGCGCUUUGCGAACGCUCUUCAGGUGGGGGCUGCAGCCUCCAGCGGCUGGGACGCCAAUGUCCUGAAGAGCGUCACCGAGCGGCACCUGUGGCAGCUCAUGGAUGGCGACACCUUUAAGGUUAACUGCCUGGUUAACGCCACCAGGCCGUCCAAGGCCAUCUCGCGCGAACUGCUGCAGCAGUUCGGGCCUGCGGACUUUGUUACGUCCGCUGCAGCGCGGUGCCGCUACCGCGACGUCAAAUACGGCGACGUCGUGCUGUUGGAGGACGGAGGAGGGGAACACAUUGCGGCCGAGGUGUUGAAACACCUCUCCUUCACCAAGAACGGCCACUACUAUGGCUUGAGCUUGGUCCUGCCCUACUUCUUCAAGGAGAAGCUGCACCCGCGCGCCUCCGCGCACGUGCUUGGCGGCGAUGCCGACGCCUUUUGGGCGCACACGGCGAGCAUCGUGUGCUCGCUCGCGUGGGCGCCGCGCGAGGGCGGCGGCAUCCGAGUG